UUUCUCUCGACUGAACAUUAUUGAUAUCAUCACUUGGGAGCGAUAGAGAAAACUGGCGUCGUUAAUUGUCAGGUAUCGACGGAUCCCGGGUUUACUUAAACAUUCCUUCCUCCCGCUGGUCUUUUCGAUUGUCAAUAUAUCAUUCGUAUUUUCCAUAGCGUUUGAAUCGUAUAGAAACUUAUCACCACUUCUCCUCACCUACACUAUACGAAUCCCGUCCCCUACGCUGUUCCAGAGAAACGUUGCUCAUGGAUUCCCUAUCGUUCAUCUCUAGCGGCUCAGACGCCGACGUUCCGACACCCGGGAGGUCGCCGGCAUUUGGCCGAAUCCAUUCUAAAUUAUACCCCAGCACGCGGACGUUAGAUUCACAGUUCAUGGCAGACUACCACGGGGAACUCGACUUGCUCCGUCGCCAAUGGGAAACACGCGUCUUUCGGUACUGGGAAGCAUACUGGGGCAAGACGUACUCUGCCACGGCCAAGCGGCAGAAAGUCGAGGGGAGCGUACAGCAACUGUACGAAUAUGCGAAGCUGAAGAGCUGCCAAUACCAGGCCAUCCGGCGUAAACGGAGGGUCGAUACCAGCUACCGACGCCACCUUGGGCUGCGCGACCGCCCAACGGGCGCCAACGACUUCCCGACGGACCUCGACGAGCUGGCUAGCUACUGGGACGUCUGGUACGUUACCGAAUCUCAGCCGACGCCGUAUGUGCGCCAGCGGCGCGGAGGGGGCUACAUCAUAAACGAAUACUACUCGUCCGAUGACCAGCUGCGACUGCGCAAAGUCUGCCAGAAGGGCAGCCUGGCAACAGCCGUGACCUGUUUCAAGACCAGCUAUGGAUUUAAUAAGCUAGACGUCCCGACUUUACACAUUUUCGCUCCCCAAAAUUGAAGUUGCGAUACGGAAUCGGUAUGGGCGUUUUUUCCCUGGGGAAUGGAGGUUUUCUGGUUUUAGAGACUUCCUUUUUUUUGACGUAGAGCCCUGGGUAGGACGACGGAAAGGCGUACAAAGCAUGACUAUCACGAAGCAUUUAUAUCAAUGUUUACCGACAUCCAUCAUACCCGACUCCAGAAUUAUAUAUUCAUUCGCAAAGAGCUUAUCUGGAGCAGACGGCGAUGCAGAAAGGGAAAUUGAAAUUGCAUAGCACAAGCAGAAAUUAAAACCACACGAUAUGUUGUUCACACAUUCCUUGAAAUGUGUCUUGACAGAGUUGACUAGAUUUGCUUAGAUGUCCCUAAGUUAUUUAGGCAGAGAAAAUUGAGACGACAUUUACCGAUUAUCCCAACGGCAUUUCUUCUCUCCCUUUCUGGGUCUUCUCACAUCUAUAUCCACACCCUGUCGUCGGCGCGGUUCUGUUCGAGGUACUCGCGCACCUCAGGGUAGUUUUUGCAGACAUGCUUGGCGUCCCAGCCGUCGGGGCUGUCGGCAGAAGCGGACGAGGAAGAGUGCGAGGCGCUACCUUCGAGUGCUACGUCCCCGCUGCACAGGAUACCCUGCCGUAGAUAGUCAAAGCAGUGAGACAGGCGGGCCGCCGACUCCGCCGGCGCCCGCGACCCGCCGGACGACGAGAGCGCCGAGUAGGCCUCCGCGAUCGAGUG